UCUAAUCAAUCUGAAAUAAAUCUCACACUAUCCCAAGAUCCACUCCUCCCUCUCUACUGCAAGUGGGUUAGUUCGGGCAUCACACAGGUUUGUGUGGAAUAUGAUUAUUUGGUCCGGGGGGAAGCUGUCGUUUACGACAAGGAAAAUGUCCUUCAAUGUCCUCCUCCCCCUCUUCCCACAAUUCUUCCACAAUUGGAAACACGGUGCAUUAGUUCGGACAUGACCAUGUACCUAACCAUAAUAUGGACCGUGUUAUCUCUACUAUUGGCUGUCAAGUUAUUCGUCUUUUACCGAGCAAUCGAGGGUCAUUUCCGUAAUUUUAUGCAAAUCUGCAGAGGAUAUUUUGCACGAUUAUUGCAACCAACGGCGAAUUUGGUCGAGAGAAGGAGUCACGUCCCUAACAGGAGGAUAAGAUCUCACUCCAGAUCUAGGUCACGGGCACCGAGUCGUGAGGUUUCCCUACCACCCAUAUUCGAAUUCUUCUCAGAUGACGAUGAGGACAACCAUCAAGACCGUGAUCACGUUUCUCCACCACUUUCCCCACAACCACCUCGCCUACGGCGUCAAAAUAAUGUAUCCAACAUCGAAUCAGAGGGUGAAAGUUCGACAAGUAGUGAUGGAGAAAUCACACGGCACGAAAGGGACAGCGAUUACACCCCAUCAAGAUCACCAACACCUAUAACUCCGCGUCCUUUUAAUUUGAGAACCCGCAAAUAAUUUUAAUCUUUUCAUUUAAGCACUUUUAUUUACUUUGAUUCAAUUUUGCAAACCCCUUUUAUCUAAUUUGAUAUCAAUUUAAAUUUCCAUAAUACUUGAUUCUUUUAACAAUAUGAUGUAUGUAUAAUAAUUUUAAAUCCAAAUAAAUGUAAGUGCGAAUCGGUAA